AUGCUGAGAGCAUCAACUGCUGAAAAUAUCCGUUUCAUAACAAUUGACAUCCAACAGUUAGCUACACGACCGGAGACACCCAUCCUAACAACACUGGCACACACACAAAAAGAAUCCGAUCGGAUAAUGAAGCACCUGAGUCCAGUACUUCUGAACGCCCUGUCGUACGCACCCUCACCUUUACUCCACCAGGUAAAACAAAAUGUUAUCAUGUCAAAAGUAAACACUAAGUCACGAAAGCCAUUACUAAUGCUUUCUAAAUUCCUUACUCACAGGCCCACCAACAGCAACAUUUCCGAAAAUAACCCCGAAGUAACAACGAAUAACAAAGAAGACAUUUAA